AUGGCGCGGUUUGCGAAAGUGGUCGUGUCGGCGACGGCCGUGUUUGCCGCGUCUGCACUCGGGCUCGCCACCGGCACGACACAACCUGGCGCGGCCGUCAUCGCGAGGCAAGCAGAUCCGGCUCGCCCUGCCGAGGUAGGCGAGUACCAGCGGGUUGGGUGCUUCCAGACGUUUGAUGCGACAUACACCGAGUCGCCGGCUACCACGACACUUGAAUACUGUGCGGGGGUUUGCACGGGGCAAGGGGCAGCAUUUUUUGCCGUGCGGAACGGCGAUACGUGCUCGUGCGGCGGAGCGUCAGGCACAUCACAAGUGGACGAGGAACAAUGCAAUGUGCCAUGCACAGAGUCCGACGUGCUCUGCGGUGGCGUGGAUGCGUUUGCAGUCUACGGGCCAGAGACGCCCGAUGUUGAGGAGCCCGAGAACCCUGAUCCUGAGAACCCCGACCCUGCGGAUCCCGCCGACGCAUCUCCAGUCAUUGUCGGAAACUACAACAGACUCGGCUGCUUCCAGUCAACAUCUACUGGUGGCCUCGUCCUCUCGGGCGAGCCCACUGUCGACCCAUCCCUGACGCUACAGACGUGUGCUACGACAUGCCAAGGUUCCCGGUACUUCGGCGCUGCCGAGGGCAACACCUGCUAUUGUGGCGACGAGCUCAGCGACCCCGAAGGUGUCCCUGGGCCCGAUGCAGAGUGUUCUUCGCCCUGCGCUGGUGACGCGUCCGUCUUCUGCGGCGGCGUGGAGCGCGUAGCGCUGUACGACCGAGGCACGGAGCUCCGACCGGCCGUUGUGGGGCCGUAUUUUCGGCGCGGAUGCCGGAUCACCUCGGGCCUCACCGAAUUCGCUCGAUCGACCACCAGCACCGACAUGACGUUGCAGACAUGCGCUACCUUUUGUGACGGACUCCAAUAUUUUGGUGUCGUCGACGGCCAGCAGUGUCUGUGUGACGACGAAACUCUCAACGCCACCGACUUUGCCGAUGAGGAGCAGUGCAGCACCCCGUGCGGUGGCAACGAGGACCAGUACUGUGGCGGCGACACGCGCAUGGCCCUGUACGACAUGGGCGAGCCUCCCGAAGGUGAGGGUGAUGGCGAUGGUGAUGGGGACGGGGAUGGAGACGGCGGAGAUGGGGACGGCCAAGGCGACCCGCGGCCACCCGUCGUCGGCCCCUUCAAGCGUGUCGGCUGCCAGACGUACUCGACGGACGUGAUGGAGGACCCAGGCUUUGACGGUCAAGAUUUCGAAGAGUUCGACAUGUCGCUUGAUCUCUGCGCAGAGCUGUGCACCGACUAUCGCUACUUCGCCACAUAUUUCCGCUUCCGCUGCGCGUGUCGCAACGAGCUCCGAGGCAACUCAGUACUCGUGCCCGAGGCAGAAUGUGACCAGACCUGUCUGGGGAACAUGACGCAAAUCUGCAGCGGCAACCGCAGACUGGUCGUCUACGACAAAGAGGCCGACGGCGCGUCGCCCAGCUCCACCAUCAUCCCCCCUUCGGGCGUGUCAUCCAGUGUGACGGUGCCAACGAGCGAGUCGACGACAUUCCUCCUCUCCAUCGGCGAAAACGACAUUGAUCAGCCGAGCGGCGGCGAAGAGGCGCCUACGUCACCGCCCAUCCGCCGAGCCGCGCGGGCCUACGGGAGGCGCCAGAACGAGGACCUCCUGCUGGUCGGCAACUCGGGCCCCGUCGGCAUUGACGAGUGUGCUUCAGCGACAACCUUCACCCUCACGACCGGCGGUGACGGAGGCCGUCUCGACUCUAACGGCAGUCCGGUCGUCACCGGGCAGGACAUCACCUUUGUGGCCCUGUCUCCACUUGAUGUACCGUCAGGUGGCGACAUUGCGACCAGCUUCACGCUCCUUGGCGACGAGCUCGCGUGGGUCAAUCCCAGCUUCUUCGGCGGCCGCGCAGGCUUCUGUCUCGACGACCAAGACGUCUUGUAUGCCACGUUUACCGAUCCCGACGGCACGGAUUAUCCACUGAACUGCUUUGUGACGCGGCUGUUUGCCGUCUCGACCGAUAUCAUCAGCGCCAUCCUCGAUGCCGUCCUCGAUUCCUUCAUCAAUGCCGUCUUCGAUGCCUUCAUCGAUGCCAUCUUCAGUGCCGUCCUCAAUGCCGUCCUCAAUGCCGUCUUCGAUGCCAUCUUCAGCACCAUCAUCGAUGCCAUCUUCGAUACCCUCACUGGCCCCCUCGUCUCUCCCAUCCUCCAUACUUCACUCAUCUGUCCUCCCCUCGCUGGGUCCCUCCUCUCUCCCACCGUCAGUAGCACCGUCCACUCGACGCGAGGCGCCGGCAGCACGGCCGAGGAGACCGAGACGGGCAUCGUCUCGGCGCUCCCGACAGCGGUCGACACGACCACAACGACGGCGAAGCCCGCCGCCUCGACCAAGCCCGUCGUCGUGCACGGCACCUUGACGUUGCCGCCGGGUCUGUACACGACGCCCGUGGCCGGCGGGGUGUGCAGGAUCGUCACCAAGUCGUGGAUCGAAGGCGAGACGACCUUCUUGGGCGAGCCGCAGCCCACGGCGGCGUGCUGCGGUAGGAGCUGA